CAACCUUCGCGGUCACCCGGGCUCCUACCCGUCCAGAGGCUGAACAAUGGUCCCGCGGAAAAACUGCUCAAUAACUAGGGCGCGCUAGGAGACAAGUUUUAUUGUUGGGUAAAACAUACACUUAUCGUAUAUCAGUGUCGACAAUGUGGAUACCGACAGACAAUGAAAAAUACGGUGUGGUGAUAGCCAGUUUUCGAGGAACAGUUCCUCAUGGCUUACCAUUGGAAGUGGGCGACACAGUUCAGAUACUGGAAAAAUGUGAUGGUUGGUACAGAGGAUUUGUUUUAAAAAGUCCAAGUAUUAAGGGAAUUUUCCCAGCUACCUACAUUCACUUGAAAAAUGCAAAUGUCAAAAACAAAGGGCAAUUUGAAACAAUCAUUCCAACAGAAGACACUGUCAUCACAGAAAUGACAGGAACUUUACGAGAAUGGGGGAUUAUGUGGAAACAGCUUUAUGUGAAGAAUGAAGGGGAUUUAUUCCAUAGACUGUGGCAUGUGAUGAAUGAGCUGCUGGAUCUGCGUAGGCAGGUUCUUGUGGGACAUCUGACACAUGAUCGGAUGAAAGAUGUAAAACGUCACAUUACAGCUCGCCUGGAUUGGGGCAAUGAACAAAUGGGCCUGGAUCUGGUUCCAAGGAAAGAGUUCAGUAUGGUGGAUCCUGAUGAAAUCAGUGUCACAGAACUGUACAAAUUGAUGGAGCACAGACAUCGCAAGAAAGAUACCCCAAUACCGACGAGUACCCAUCACCUCUUCCUGCAGAUGAAAAGUCUGAUGUGUGCUAAUCUAGGCGAAGAACUAGAAGUCUUCUUUUCAAUUUAUGAUAGCAGAGAAAAUCAUCCAGUCAGUGAAAGAUUCUUUGUAAAAUUGAAUAAGAAUGGAUUGCCAAAAUUUCCAGAGAGAAUGGAAAGGCAAUGCACACUCUUUGUUGAUUUGGGCAGCAGUGACCUCAGGAAGGAUAUAUAUAUUAUUGUUCACAUUAUAAGACUGGGUCGAAUGGCUGCGGGAGAGAAGAAAAAUACUUGCAACGCACAGUAUCGUCGACCAUUUGGUUGUGCAGUCCUAAGCAUUGCAGACUUACUGCAAACUGAAAGGGAUACCAGGGACUCUAAAGAGGACCACAUGCUUAAAGUCUACAUGUGCAAUACUGAAAGUGAAUGGUACCAAAUACAUGAAAAUAUCAUCAAGAAGUUAAAUGCACGAUACAAUUUGACAAGUUCAAAUGCUGGUUUGUCAGUUGCACUACAGCUGCUACAUGGAGAUAUUGAUCAGAUCCGGAGAGAGUACCCGGUAUUGUUCACAAGAGGUGUGGCUAUCACCAGAAAAUUGGGCUUUUCAGAUAUAAUAAUGCCAGGUGAUAUCAGAAAUGACUUGUACGUAACACUGGAGAGAGGAGAAUUUGAGAAAGGAGGCAAGAGUGUGGCCAGGAAUGUAGAUGUUACCAUGUAUGUUUUAGAUAGUGAGGGACAAAUCCUAAAGGAUUGUAUUUCAUUGGGGUCUGGAGAAAUUCCAGUGAGUGAACACCAUUCCUUUGUGCUUUACCACAACAAUAGCCCCAGGUGGGCUGAGCCGCUGAAGCUUCCUAUUCCAGUGGAUAAAUUUAGGGGUGCACAUAUCCGCCUUGAAUUCAGGCACUGUUCCACAAAGGAAAAAGGAGAGAAAAAGCUUUUUGGGUUCUCCUUUGUUCCACUGAUGCAAGAAGAUGGCAGAACAUUGCCAGAUGGUAUUCAUGAACUCUUAGUCCACAAGUGUGAAGAAAACACCAGCUUUCAUGACCCUGCUCGUUACCUCAAACUUCAGUAUUGUAAAGGAAAUCUCCAUGGCAACAGUCAACCAGUCAAAGCUUCCAAGGAGACUUUUUGGAUCUCGUCAUUUCUGUGCUCGACUAAACUUACUCAGAAUGGAGACUUGUUGGAUUUUUUGAAAUGGAGAGCCCACCCAGAAAGAAUAUGUGACAUCCUGUCAAAAUUCAAAGAUAUAGAUGGUGCAGAAAUAGUCAAGUUUCUGCAAGAUACAUUGGAUGCAUUAUUUGGAAUUUUGGAUGAAAAUUCACAGAAAUAUGGAUUGAAGGUUUUUGAUUCAUUGGUUCAUAUCAUCAAUUUGCUGCAGGACAUCAAGUUUCAGCAUUUUAAGCCAGUCAUGGAUACAUACAUAGAAAGCCAUUUUGCUGGAGCAUUAGCUUACAGGGACCUUAUAAAAGUGCUGAAACGAUACAUUGAUCGAUCAAUAGAAGCAGAGAGACAGGAACAUAUUCAGGAUGUUCUGAGGGCACAGGAAUAUAUAUUUAAAUAUAUAAUUCAUUCCCGAAGCCUAUACACUCUUGCAACUGGUGGACAGAAUGAGGAAGAAUUUCGAAGCAAUAUUUAUGAAUUAUUCCAAUCAGUGCGUUACUUCCUGUCUAUUGAAAGCCAAGGCUCCUCAAUCAUUACACAGACACAGGCUGUGUUCCUGAGCUCUUUCCCAGCUGUGUACUCCGAGCUUCUGAAACUGAUAGAUGUGCGAGAAGUGGCAAACCUGGUGAGAGACACCUUGCGCAGUAUGCCCGAUGUCCUGCAUGUGGAAUAUUCACUGGAAGCUGUCAAACUCCAAUGCAUUGCUAAAACAGUGGAGAGUCAACUAUUUACUAAUCCUGAUUCUCGCUGCAUUCUCCUACCUGUGGUUCUACACCAUCUCCACAUGCAUUUGCAAGAACAGAAGGAUCUAACCAUGUGUGCACGCAUCCUUAGCACAACGUUUUGUCUGAUCAAGAAGGACAGCUCUGAAAUAACUGCUUCGGAGGAGGUGGACAUGCUUGUAGACAGCUUGCUAGGUGUGCUGCUGAGAACCAUAUUAGAAAUCAGCAACAGGUCACAGCCCUCUGGACCGACAAUUCGACUGCAGUUUCAGGACGUGACUGGUGAGUUUGUGGCAUGUCUGCUUGCUCUGCUAAGGCAAAUGACAGAUAAACAUUAUCAACAACUUCUGGAAAGCUUCACCAGCAAAGAUGAUCUCCGGGAUUUUUUGCUGCAGAUUUUUACAGUGUUUAAGAUUCUAAUAAGACCAGAGAUGUUUCCAAAGGACUGGACAAUAAUGCGCUUGGUUACCAACAAUGUGAUCAUCACUACAAUUCUCUAUCUCUCUGAUGCACUCAGAAAGAAUUUUCUACACGAAGGCUUUGACUUCAAGGUGUGGGAGUCUUACUUCUAUUUGGCAGUAAUAUUUAUCAAUCAGCCUUGCCUUCAGCUUGAGAUGUUUUCACCUUCAAAAAGGAAAAAGGUUCUAGAAAAAUAUGGAGACAUGAGGGUGACGAUGGGAUGUGAAAUCUUCAGCAUGUGGCAAAAUCUAGGAGAGCACAAGCUACAAUUUAUUCCUGGACUUAUUGGACCAUUUUUAGAAGUGACACUUGUACCCCAGGCUGACCUUCGGAAUGUGAUGAUCCCAAUUUUCCAUGACAUGAUGGACUGGGAGCAGAGACGUACUGGAAACUUCAAACAGGUGGAGGCAAAACUGAUAGACAAAUUGGACAGCUUAAUGUCAGAAGGCAAAGGUGAUGAAACUUACCGAGAGCUUUUCAACAGCAUAAUUCCACUUUUUGGGCCUUACCCUAGCCUGCUGAAAAAAAUUGAGAGAGAAACCUGGCGAGAAAGUGGUAUUUCUCUUGUAGCUACUGUAACUCGCCUAAUGGAAAGGUUGCUGGAUUACAGAGACUGCAUGAAAGUGGCAGAGGUUGAUGGCAAAAAGAUUGGCUGUACAGUUAGCCUGUUGAAUUUUUAUAAAACAGAAAUAAAUAAAGAAGAAAUGUACAUCCGUUACAUUCAUAAGCUAUAUGAUUUGCAUUUAAAGGCACAAAACUUCACAGAAGCUGCAUACACUCUGCUUUUGUAUGAUGAGCUCCUGGAGUGGUCAGAGAGGCCACUGCGAGAAUUCCUUCAUUAUCCAAUGCAAACUGAGUGGCAGCGCAAGGAGAUUCUUCAUCUCACCAUCAUCCAGAACUUUGACAAAGGCAAAUGUUGGGAAAAUGGAAUUAUCCUUUGCCGGGAGUUGGCAGACCAAUAUGAAAGCUUCUAUGAUUACCGCAAUCUGAGCAAGAUGAGGAUGAUGGAGGCUUCUUUCUAUGAUAAAAUAAUGGAUCAGCAGCGUUUGGAGCCAGAGUUCUUCAGGGUUGGAUUUUAUGGGAAAAAAUUUCCUUUCUUCUUAAGAAACAAGGAGUUUGUCUGUCGAGGACAUGAUUAUGAGCGAUUGGAGGCCUUCCAACAACGAAUGUUGAAUGAGUUCCCACAUGCAAUUGCUAUGCAGCAUGCCAACCAGCCUGAGGAGACCAUUUUUCAGGCAGAUGCACAGUAUCUGCAGAUUUAUGCAGUAAUUCCCAUUCCUGAUAAUCAUGAGAUACUGCAGAAAGAAGCUAUACCUGACCAUAUUAAGAGUUUUUAUAGAGUCAACAAUAUCUGGAGGUUCAGAUACGAUAGACCAUUCCACAAAGGAAUCAAGGACAAAGAAAACGAGUUCAAGAGUCUGUGGGUUGAGCGAACCACUUUGACAUUGGUUCAGAGUUUACCAGGUAUCUCCCGCUGGUUUGAGGUGGAUAGACGGGAAGUGGUUGAAAUGAGUCCUCUCGAAAAUGCAAUUGAGGUGCUGGAGAACAAGAACCAACAACUGCGAACUCUAAUCACACAGUGUCAGUCAAGACAGAUGCAGAAUAUCAAUCCCCUCACCAUGUGUCUCAAUGGUGUCAUUGAUGCAGCUGUUAAUGGAGGACUUGCCAGAUACCAAGAGGCAUUCUUUGUGAAGGACUACAUUCUCAACCACCCUGAGGAUGGAGAGAAAAUCUCUCGUCUGAGGGAACUAAUGUUUGAACAGGCCCAUAUUCUGGAGUAUGGUUUGGCUGUGCAUGAGAAGUUUGUACCGCAAGACAUGAGACCAUUACACAAGAAGCUGGUGGAUCAGUUCUUUGUGAUGAAGUCCAGGUUGGGGAUACAGGAUUUUCCAGGAUAUGCUCGUGUGAGCCCAAUACACUUAACCAACGGUAGCCCUCGUACUUGCAGGAACCCUACGCUGGGUGCUAUAAGUCCAGAUGGAGCCAGACUUGUUAACAGGCGUAGCCCAUUAAGUUACCCAGCGUUCAACAGGUACUCCUCUUCUUCAUUGUCAUCACAAGCAUCAGCUGAAGUUAGCAACAUCACUGGGCAGUCUGAAAGCUCUGACGAAGUCUUUCAAAUGCAGGCAAGUCCAUCUACCUCGAGCUUAAGCUCCACUCAUUCAGCAUCUCCAAAUGUUACUAGUUCAGCUCCAUCCAGUGCCAGAGGCUCCCCGCUGCUAUCUGAUAAACACAAACAUUCAAGAGAAAAUACAUGUUUGUCUCCCAGAGAACGACCUUGUAGUGCAAUUUAUCCAAUAUCUGUGGAACCUGCACAGCAGACACUUACCCAGCAGAUUGGUGAUUCCUGCAUGCCCAGAAGUGAUCCCAAUUUAUCUGCACCUGAAAAAGUAAUGAACCCAACUCCUAGUAGUUGGAGUCUAGACAGUGGUAAGGAAGCUCGAAACUGUGUACCAGACAGUGCAAAGCUGGUGUCACCUCCUGUCCCACCCAGGCCACCACAUACAGGUUCACCUGCAAAGACAUACAGGUCCUUUUCUCCACAGGCUUUUGAAACACCUCCUGCCAAUCCCAGGUCUCCUCAUAAGAGUUCUGUUCAAUCAUUGACACCUUCUCCCACUGAUUAUCAAUCCUUGGGGCCAGUUUACAACUCACCUGUACUGUCUGGGAGCAGUAGCAGUGGUAUCUCCUCCCUGAGCAGGGGAAGUGUGACUGAGACCACCUUGACUGAUGGAACAAUUACAUGCACCUUAAUUGGCUCUGAGGAAUUAAUUAAAAGGGAGAAUGGAACCUUUGCUUGUAUGCCACCACGCUACAACUUAUCUGAACAUGGCACUGGAACGUCAAGACGUCGAGCUCCUCUACCUCAUAGCCUGUCUGUUCCUCCCAGUGCUGAGCCACCAGCUCUCCCUCCUAAACCCCAUGUACUGCGUGUACAUAGAUCAGAAGGUGAAAACAGAAUGGAUGAAAUUCUUGUCAGACCCAGAUCUCAGCCUCGAAAAGUGUCUCAACUAUAGAAAAUCUGAACAUGCAAAGAUUUUGUUCAACCUAAAUGCUAAUUUGGCCAAAAGAAUCCAGGUGGGCACCUUAAACUUAAACUGUUUUGACCGCAUGUAUGUACCCAUUGAUCAGUGAUUCUGCUGAUAUGUAGUGGAACACUGUUAUGCAAUAGGUCAGGAUGGAGAAAUAGAAGUAACAAGCAUGUGACCAGAAUGGUACUCCAGUUGCAAUGGAGUAAAAUUUUCCCCAGUUUGUGUUUGCGCUAUUGACACAAAUGCUUUACUAUGUCUAAUGUCUGUUAACCACAGAUCUAUGAGAAAGCACAUUGGUUAGGAUAAUAGGUGGGCAAAACAUCGUGGGCUGAAGGCCUGUACUGUUCUACGUUCUACAUUCUUAGUAUGAAAAUAGAGCCUCUAUUCCGCUUUGUUUACCAUUUUGGUAUUUGCACAUAUAGGAUUGGACACAUAUAGUUCUUCAUUUUAUCAUGUUGGCUUUUGAAUGAGAGGUAGUUCGCCUUCUGAAACUAAUUUGGAAGGAAAUAUUUCUUCUUAUUUAUUUCUUUCCUUUGUCCUUUUUCUGUUUCUCUAUCUUUAUAUCCAUCUCAUUUCAUUUUUGAGCGCAAUACACUGUAUGUUUACAUUUUUAAUAUGCAUAUUUUUCACCAAAUUACUCAAGUAUCAGCAUACAACUGAAAAAAUGUAUAACAUUUGGAAAAUCUUUGAAACAUUUUUCCAGCAAAAUGAAUUGGGGGUUUGUAAAGAAUUUAUGUUUAAAGAUUGUAUUUAAAGCUACAUUUAUUCACACAAGCUGAAAAAAAGCAAAAAAAAGUGUUUAAAACUAGUAGUUUUCCCAAAGGGUGCAAAUCUGUCAUGUUCCAACAGCCUUAAAAAAACAGAGCUCUUGAUAAUUGCCCAGUAUUGCAGGAAAGCAGGGAAACUGUCUCAUUAGAAAAACUCUCUAGUUUGUCAAUUGACCCCGAAUCCUUUACGUAGGAUUAACAGCACAUUGGCCAUUCGUCCAACAGGUGGUGAUUCUUUCACAUGACCUUCCUCCCAUUGCCUCAUAUUACCCCAUCAACAAAUCCUUCUUUUUUUCCCCCUUCUAUACCUGUAAAAAUUGAUGUAAACAGUGUCCAUAUUGUUGCACAUAAGUAAAUACAGCUGCCUUAAUUAGGUUACAAGUUGGGAUAGAUAAUCAUGUUUCACCAGUUCACGUGUACUGAAGAAUUUGUUAAAUUGUAACUUUACACACGUUUUUGCAAGGUUAAUAGUAUGUCACAUUUUUAACUCUGAAUUUUACAAACUGGGAUUGACUGUGGGAAGGUCAUGUUUGUGGGACAGUGAUUUUUGUGGCAAUCAGCUAUUUCAUAGCCUAAAGGAGAUGCCUGAAAUGUCAUCAUCUAACUCUACAGACUGGCUUAUUUAUGAGAUUGUUGAAUUGUAUUAAAUAUCUUGUCAACUUUUCCCCUGAAUACAAAAAGUCACAAACUGUUUAUGACAUUGUAAUUGAAACAAGAACCUAUCACCCUUAAUUAAAUAAUUCUAAUUUCCUUUAUGUCAGUCAAGUGCCUGCCUGAAUACUUUUAGGUUGAACAGAGUGUAUCAAAUUUCUGGUCUGGCGUUUGGCUACAUUUACAGAGGGACUACUUAUUCUGGUGCCAGAAGCCUUUAUCAGCCCAUACUAUUACCUAUCUAAUUGUUCAGAUACAUACAGUAAAUAUUAUCCAAGAAGCAAAAUUUGGAGAGGGGUUGCUAAAAUGAGUUCCUGGAAUUUUUCUUCAGUUUUCAAAAUGUAAUUAUUAAUGGAGAGGACAAAUAUUUUAACAAUUGCAUUACAUAUUAACAAUGAUUGUAAAAGUGAUAAAAGGGCUAAUUUGAACAAUCUUUGAAAAGCACAAAUGGUAUCUAUGAGCAAGAGUACUCGAAGCGUAGUUAUAUUUAAAAGGGAAGUGAAUGUUUAUGCUCUUAAGGUAUAUUUCUUGAAAGAAUUACAAAUUGAAUGUUUGAAGCAAUGUAUUAUAAUAGCAUAAAGUGAAAGUACGAUUUUAACAUCCUUUUGGAUUUGAACAGUGUUAAUAGCAAAGUUGGGGCAAGAAGAUGAUAUUUUCAAUAUACAUUAAAAAUGAAAAAAAACUUUAAACAGUUAUAUCAAAAAAUGUUAUAUGAAUGAGCUGGUGGACCAUACAAAUCUACCUGUUUAUAAAUAAGAACUUCAGAAUAAUGGCUACUUGUAAAAUUUCAAAGACUUUCAGCUGAAAUGUUCUAUAAUAUGGCUACUUUUUCUGCUUUAGAAAGGAAUGUAUGUUUUUCCUGAUCAGAUAUUCAAAACAAUCUUCAGAGACUGAGAUUCAUAAAUAAUUGCAGUUUAUUUUUCAGAGCAUUACUAAAUCAUUCUCUGCAUGCUUCUAUAUAAUCCAUUCUAAAUUGUAUAUUUAUAUAUUCUGUGGCAGUUUGCUCAAUGGUCUGGUUGAAAAAAUUUGCAAAUAACCUAUUUAGGUAACCUCAAGGAAUGGUACAGUCAAGCCAAUAUGACUUUUGUUCAAUUGGUACCUGACCUAAAAUGACCUGUGCUAUGCCUUUAUAUCAUCAGUUAAGUCAAAUGCAACAAUUAAUUCAAUUCCUUUUUCAUGUUGAUAUAAAAAUAGACUUGCUUGAGAUGCAGCAGGUGGAAUGUAAAUUGAGAAAUUUUGUGAGCAUGUUCUCUGUUUUGAAUCAUCAAAAUUAUACCUUUACUGUUGUUUUCUUUACUCAAAAAUAUGUAGGUCAUGUUGCAAAUCACAACAGCUUGGUUAAAAUAGCCAAAUUUAAAUUUGUCACUGGUGGUUAGAAAUGGCUCUGUAUUUUGACCUUGAUUGUCAUAAAAACCCUCAAGUCCAGUAAUGUCUUCAAGGGAAGGAAAUCAGACAUGCAUACAUAGUUUAACCUAUGUGUGACUCCCUUCCACUACCAAUAUAGUUGAUCCUUGGUUGUCCUAACUUGUAUUAUACCACCAUUGGUUUCAGAAAAUCCACCGUCACUAUUUCAGCACAACCAGAGAGAGCCAAUAAAAAUGUUUCCAUUGACAAUGAUCCCCACAUCUUACUCGAUCGAUUUAGAAAACUCUCCGUAUUUCAGUAUCAAAUUUUUUCUGGGUGUUCACCUCCAUUGUUCCAUCUGAGCAUCAAUUCUGCGCACUGAUCACCUUUUUUUUUCAUGGAAUAUUGUGUGAAAUCCAUCAUAGACAUACCUUAAACUACUUUGGACGUGUGUUUCCCCUAUCCUAUUGUCACAACUUAAUUAAUGUUCUAGAUUUACCUUGUCCAUUCCCAUAACUAGCAUGUUCACUACUAAUAUAAUUUCUUGACAGACUGAAAUGCACAACGGCUCUUUGGCCUUUCACUGUAUCACAAAACUUUGAUACCGAACAUAAACCUAGUGGUUCUACUUAGAACUGUCUCUAGUGCUUGAAAAGAAGAUAUCACACUUCUCACCAUGAAAUAAAGUAUUAGGAAAUUCUGCAGCCAGUUUGCACAGAGCAGGAACACACAAACAACAAGGCCACAAAUUACAAAGUAAAAGUGUUUUACUCAUGUUGAGCAACAAAUUUUCAGGAGUCCCCUGCUUACUUACAAAUAAGUGUCAUCCCACCUUUAAUGACCGCCUGAGAAAAGAGGCAGAUCCUGGAUUUAAUGUCUCAUUCAAAACACAGCACUUUCCUCAGUUAGAUUCAAUUAUGUCUUCAAGUCUUGGAGUGGGUCUUGAUCCAUAAUGAUUUGAUUUACACGAGAGGAUACUGCCAUUGACUAAUGCUUAACCAUUGCGCUCAAUUUUACUUCUGUACAAAAUAAAAACUGAAAGAACUGCAGAUGCUGUGAAUCAGGAACAAAAACUGAAGUUACUGGAAAAGCUCAGCAGGUCUGACAGCAUCUGUAAAGAAAAGAAUAUAGUUAACGUUUUGGGUAGGAUGACCCUUCUUCUGAACUUUUGAGGAAAGGUCACCAGACUGGAAAUGUUAAGUCUGAUUAUUUUCUUCACAGAUGCUAACAGAUCUGUUAAGCUUUUCCAGCAGCUUCUGUUUUUGUUUACUUCUGUACAAGUGGGUCAUUCUGAAACUCUUAGAAUGUUACCUCAUGUUUCUUGCCAAAACUAGAAUGGAUGCAGACUGACUACUGCAGUGUACAUCUCAAACACAUUUUCCUCAGAUUUAUAAUCUGCUGUUUUGCCUAGCUCAACAGUCUGUUGCUUGUUUGGUCUGCUGCAUUGUAUUGUUCAUCAUGUGAGUUGAAACCACUAAAUUCAGUAGUCUCUCGUGGCUUCAUCUGUACCUAUUUUGUCACCAUCCAUAGCAUAUGUGCUUUGUUUUUCCUUUUAGUGUGCAAUGUUUAGCUAAAUGUAUUUAUUCCCCAUAUUUUUGUUGUACCCACUAAAUGUUUUUAACUAGUCAUCUUGCCUCUAAUCAAUCCUCAUUGUUCUGUGUCAUUUUGUAAAUUAGAAAUAGCGAUCACAACAUUAGUCCUUCAGUAUCCCAUAUAUACUCUUCACACCUGUCCUCUGCCAAUCUACUGAUAACUACUCACUGUUUACUAUUUGUCAGUUAAUCCUCACCCAUUCCCAAACCACAGUUUUGAAUGCAACUAAUAGCCUUUCAUUUGGACCUUUCCUUGCAAAAUCUUCUGGAAGUCCAAUUAUGUCCACAGGAAUUGAGAUUUGUUGGAUUCUCUAUUUACAGAUAUUUACCACUAUUGUGCAGAUUAUCCUCAGAUUUACAAUUGAUGAUUGUUCCAAUUUUGUUUUACAUGAAAACGUAAAUGAGCCUGCGGUUUUGUAUGUUAGUUUGACAAUUGUUAGUUUGAUAACAAUUAUUACAAUAUCCCAUUUUCACACAGAAUACAUUAGCCUCCUCACAAUGAUUUUCAAAAUCUCAUGAAUUUUGCAGCCUCAAAUUAGGUACCUAUCUAUCCCUGCAGCUCUAUUUGUAUUGAACCUUUAUAGACAAUCUAAAUACUGUCUUAUUCAUAUUGAACACAUUGGAAGUGAAAUUGACCUUGGAUAGUAGCAAAAAAAAGGGUGAUAACAUAUCAGCAUGCCCGCCAAAAUUUCUGAACAAAACGCAGCGUCAGGCAAAUGGAAAAUGUUAGUUGACUCGGUAUCACUUGCUGUGCACCGUACCCAUGAUGAAUUUUACUCCUGUUGAUUUUAAAUAGAAUAUCUAUUUAGGAAGAGCAUAUUAUUAUUGUCUCGAGGAAAUAUUCAUGUAGAAUAUUUGUGAUUUCAAACUAAUCAUCUAUGUUACCAAGGCACCAGAAAAAAUCUUUACAUAAUGGUCACAGAGAGCAUGUUAAAAAGGGUCAGAUUAAAUCACAGGAUUGUACUGCUGCUGAAUUUAUUACUUAACAUAACUAAUUUUGUGAUCUCACUUUCUGAAGGAGCUAAUAAUGCCAAUAACAUAAGAGCAACAUCAAUUAAAAAGAAACCAAUGUUGCAAUUGUAUUAAAAAUCAGGAUUUCUGUGGUAUUGAUAAAGAUGAACUACAUCUGUUUUUUGUAAAUGUAAAAUACAACAAUUAAUGUUACUGUUCUAUCAAUUACCAUUUUUAUGGCUGCUUUUUUUUUAAAAAAAGCAUUAUGGAUACAAGCUUUAGUAUGUAGAUGUUCAGUGCAAUUUUGUCUGGUAGCACUGGUUAAAACGAAUUCAUGGAAAAGUCAAAAAAGUCAAGGAAUGAUUAGUAGUAAGUAGAAACUACCACUAUGUUAGAAAAGUUUCCUUGGAGGAAAUUAAAACAAAUGCACUCGACUUCAGAGGCUUAGAAUAUUUUAACAUCUGUUCACUCUGCCGUUCAUAUGCAGUUCAAUAUGCCAAUUAUCUUUGUGGCCAAAUGCAGGUACUAAGUUAGUUGUUACUUUUGAUUAAAAGCAAGCAUUUUCAUUUUUUAUCAUGUGUUAAAUCAUACCAAUUUUCAAAAUAAUCUGGCCUGAGAAGUUAAUGCAUUUAAUAAAAUUAAACCCCUGAACACAUUGUUUUGGGAAAUUCCGGUUGCUGUAAGUUGCCUUUGUGCGUGCUGUACCCAUCUAAUAAUUAAAACAUUGGUCUGUCCUAAUUAUCAGUUAAAAAUAUCUCUAAUCUAUAAUAUAAAUGCAAAUACAGGACAUCGUUAUUUCUAUGCUAAGUUUCAGUGUAAUGACUUUGUACUACAAGAAAGCAAAAUAAAUACUAUGAUUUUUUUUAAAACAUAAAGGACUUGGGUGAACUGAAAGUAAGGUUAGUGAAUCAGUUUUUAUGAUAAUUAAAAUUUCUGUAGAUGUUUUCACAUUUAAAUUGACCUUUUUAAUAUAAAACUAAAGCAAAUUACAGUGCAAAUGUUGUUGCGUUGCCAAAUGUUUAUCUAUUAAGAUUGUACAUAAAUGUUUUUAUAAGAAUUCAGCCAUAUUAACUUACAACAUUGAAUGUUGGAAGAACAAAUUCCUAAUAUAUGUUUAGUAUUUAUAUGAUGUUUAGUGCUGAUAUGUAAGCUCAUAGGAACAUGUUAAUUUUAUUGAGCAUUUAUUAAAAUGCUAGUACUGGAUUUCUCUAACUCUUGAUUCCUUUUGCAACAAGCUGAAUUUUAUCAUUUACCGGUAAUGUAAUUUGUCGUCUAAGCACAUGAAAGCCUAAAUGACUGUAUUUUAUUAAAGAAAAUUGUUUGUACAAUUAAUUUUGCUUCCUAAAUCUUGAUAAGGUGUCAAAAUAUCCAAACUGUAUCAAACUUGCUGACAGUAUUGUCUUGUAUGAUAUUUUUGUAUAUAUGAAGUUGACCUGCUGUAAGUCAGUGUUUUUUGAUUACUUGAAGCACCAUAUGUAGUGUUUCAUUGGUAACCACCCACUGAUUCCACACUUUGAAUGUUGUAUACAGAACUGCCAGAUAUGACUACUUUGUAUAGAGGAGGUUUUGCAAUGAUUUCAAUGGCUGAUUGCAUUUUGACUAUCUGAGAAUGUUCACGAAUGAAAAUAAAGAAAGCAUUUUAUCUCCAA